CAAUACGAUUGUGACGCUGCCGUAUUUUGUCCCUCUGUGACGUCUACCAUCCACUCGGGAACAAAACCUGACCAUUACAGCAAACUGCUCACCAAGAAGGCAAUACGAGCCGAGCUGGAUCUACUAAAACACGAAUGGACGAAACUCUCCACCAUCCCUUGCCACACGUUCGAGUCCAUUCUAGAAGCUCUGGCCUGGGCAACUCAGGACAGAGAUCCGCUGGUCAAAGUCCGGAACCCGUCAGCCGUGAUGCCAGACGUGCCUGGGAACCUGGUGGGUGCUGAGCACAUUCAGGUGCUGGUCAUCGGGGAACGGGAACUGGUGGGGAACACAUGUGCUGUGCUGCUGCCCAAUUAGGGUUUCUAAGGAAAUGGCUUGACAAGUAAAGGUUUUUGACCCUACUACAACGUGUGAUGUAGAAUAAUAUACAUUUAUAAUAUUUUAAUGUUUUAACUCGUGAGGUAACUAACACUGUUUUAUUACUAAAUUACAUAGCAUCAAACAUCAAUGAGAAUAUGUAGCCUAAUGUAAAGGUUGUUGACCCAAUUAUAACGUGUGAUGUAGAAUUUUAUAUACCUUUUUAAUAUUUUAAUCUUUUGACUUGUGAGGUAACUAACACUGUUUUAUUACUAAAUUAUAUAGCAUGAAACAUCAAUGCGAAUAUGUAGCCUAAUGUAAAGGUUGUUGACCCAAUUAUAACGUGUGAUGUAGGAUUAUUGACCUUUAUAAUAUUCUAAUGUUUUAACUUGUGAGGUAACUAACACUGUUUUAUUACUAAAUUACAUAGCAUGAAACAUCAAUGAGAAUAUGUAGCCUAAUGUAAAGGUUGUUGACCCAAUUAUAACGUGUGAUGUAGGAUUAUAGACCUGUAUAAUAUUUUAAUGUUUUAACUUGUGAGGUAACUAACACUGUUUUAUUACUAAAUUACAUAGCAUGAAACAUCAAUGAGAAUAUGUAGCCUAAUGUAAAGGU